UGAGCCUAGGAUCAGCUGGUCCAGCAGUGUAACACUGAGCUGUUGUGUUGAUGUUUAUGUUAUUUUAUAAUGUUUAAGCUGAGGAAAGGCAGGUUCGGGUAAUGAAUUCCAGAUUUUUGGGCCUUUUAUGUGCAUUGCAUUUUUACAUAGUGUGAGAUGGACACCAGGAACAUCAAAGAGUGAUCUGUGCCUUGUGUUGUGGUCAUGUGUUUUGUUGAGAUAUGCAGUUAAAGUUAUUGGAGUUAGUCAGGCACGAUGGGCCAGGCAGAGACUAUGUCAUGAAAAAGACAGAGAACAGGUCAGGACAGUUAUUGUGCCAGUUUUAAGGCACUAUUCAUCAUUGUAUUCUUUACCAAGAGAUCUCCUCAAGUAUCCAGGCCCAAAUUAUGCCAUACCUUCCAGGGGAAUAGGUAUGAUUGUUGCCCGAGUACUGCGUGGAGCACUUAAGAUACGCUAUCUUUUGCUGGGUGGAAGCAUCGCAGGUGGCAGUGCCUUGGCUAAGACUUAUGAACAGUGGAAAGAGGCUCUACCAGAUACAAAAUUUUUGGAGGGUAUUCUGCCAACACAGGAAGAGCUGGAUGCUGUCCGAAGUUCACUUAUAACAUACAGAGACAAAAUCAAGGAUGCCAUUCCAGAAUUUACAUUAGACCCUAAACUGAAAGAGCUUGGAGAAUCUCAUUAUGAUCAACUGGUGAUGUGGUUCAAGGAGCGUUUAGAUGAUGCUAUUAGAGCUGCAGAAGAAGAAAAAGCAGAUAAUGCUACAGUUUUCUCAGAUGGCAAGGUCCUAACCCUGUCCGGGGUCACAAAAUUCCUCACGCCAUUGGUGAAAGACUUCUCCUCAGACUUGAAGCAACAUGCCAUUUCAUUUUCAGCAAUGGGAUCUGCUGCUGAACGGGAACGAGAAAAAGCAGAGCUCCUUCGCUUGAGACUGUCUCAAAUUGAAGUGGAACUGCAAGAAAAGACUGAAAGCUUGACCAAAGAACUUGCCAAUCUUAAUCGUGAGAAUGCUGAUCUCAAACACAAAAUUGAAGCCAAUGCUGACGUAGAAUUCCACUUGAGAGUCAUCAAAGUGCUUGCCCAAAGGGAACUUGCCAAUCUUAAUCGUGAGAAUGCUGAUCUCAAACACAAAAUUGAAGCCAAUGAAACAAUCCGUGAAAAAUAUGAGAGUCUUCAAGAAGAGCUAAUGCAAGUGCAACUGAAAUAUCAAAAAGAGGUUGAACGUUUGGAAAAAGAGAAUAAGGAGCUCCGUAAGUCUCUUAUGUUGAAGGCUGGGGAUACGGUUGCUCGUAAAAAAAUUAAAAAAUCCCUUAUUGACAUGUACAGUGAAGUGCUGGAUGAACUUUGUGAUUAUGACAGCAGUUAUGACACGCAGGACCACCUACCAAGGGUGGUAGUUGUUGGUGACCAGAGUUCAGGAAAGACAUCAGUGCUUGAAAUGGUGGCACAAGCAAGAAUAUUUCCUCGAGGUGCUGGUGAAAUGAUGACAAGGGCACCAGUCAUGGUGACACUUAGUGAGGGACCAUACCACAUCGCAUCAUUCAAAGACUCGACACGGGAAUUUGAUCUCUCCAAGGAAUCAGAAUUGGCUGAAUUAAGGAAAGAGGUGGAGUUAAGGAUGCGUAACAGUGUAAGAUCAGGACGCACAGUAAGUCAUGAAGUUAUCUCGAUGACAGUGAAAGGGCCUGGUUUGCAGAGAAUGGUACUUGUUGAUCUUCCUGGAAUUAUCAGCACAGUAACAACAGACAUGGCAACAGACACCAGAGAAGCCAUCAGGUCCAUCUCUCAACAAUACAUGUCCAACCCCAAUGCUAUCAUUUUGUGUAUUCAAGAUGGUUCUGUGGAUGCUGAGCGAUCCAAUGUCACUGAUCUUGUUAGUCAGAUGGACCCCCAGGGCAAAAGAACCAUAUUCGUGCUUACAAAAGUUGACCUUGCCGAAGAAAAUCUUACCAAUCCAGACAGGAUAAGAAAAAUACUCUCAGGAAAAUUGUUUCCUAUGCGAGCUUUAGGCUACUUUGCUGUGGUCACAGGUCGAGGGAAUAAGGACGACUCCAUUCAAGGUAUCAAAGAUUACGAGGAAUCCUUCUUCAGGAGCUCCAGAAUUUUUAAAGGUGGCGUGAUCAACAGCCAUCAGUGUACAACCAGAAACUUAAGUUUUGCAGUUUCUGAAUGUUUCUGGAAGAUGGUGAGAGACACUGUGGAACAGCAGGCAGAUGCUUUUAAGGCAACAAGAUUUAACCUUGAAACUGAGUGGAAAAAUAACUUUCCGAGAACUCGAGAACUGGAUCGCGAUGAAUUAUUUGAAAAGGCCCGAGGUGAUAUAUUGGAUGAAGUGGUAAACUUGUCGCAGGUUUCACCCAAGCAGUGGGAAGAUGCACUUGCUAAGAAGCUUUGGGACAAAAUGGUCACAUACAUAUUUGAAAAUAUUUAUUUGCCUGCAGCUCAGACUGAAAAUUCAGAUGAAAUUAUUGUUAUCCACAUCAGGGAAAUGGUUGGACCGAGCACCAAGGAGCAGUGGAUGUACUGGUGCUACCUAACUGAUGAUCAAAGAAAUAGAGCUGCUGUUAAAACAGAGCUGGAAAAGCUCCUAAUCUCUGACUAUGCACACAAGAAUACACUUAGCUACGAUGAAGUAACAACAGUACGGAAAAAUUCCCAAAACCAUGGUGUUGAAGUUGAUAAUGAAUUUAUAAGGGAAACUUGGUACCCAGUUUAUCGAAGACAUUUUCUCCGCCGUGCCCUAGCAAAGGCUUAUGACUGCCGAAAAUCUUUCUAUGCCUACCAUCAAGGGCUGGAGGGAGAAUUAGGAGUGGAGUGCAAUGAUGUUGUAUUAUUCUGGAGGAUACAGCAGAUGAUCAAAAUUACAGCCAAUGCACUGAGACAACAAGUCAUGAACCGGGAAGCAAGACGAUUAGAAAAAGAGAUUAAGGGUUUAGAAGAGUAUGGAUGUGACCGUGAGAAGAAAGAGCAGUUACUGACUGGUCGUGUGAUGCUUGCUGAAGAGCUGAAGUAA